AUGCCACUGAAGCAGAUAUCUGAGAAAGACUGUUGGUUUGUGAUUGGAGCCCAUCAAGCUGGAGCAACCGAAAGACAGUGUUCUGAAUUAUCUGGCCUCUCAAAAACGAUAACGCAUAACAUCAUUACGAAUUUUAAAAAGAUGGGAUCUCCUCAUGCCUCUAAUAUGUCCUCUGUCAACGCUCUGAUGAACAGUUCUGAUAAGAAACGCAAGAUAAAGGACACAGAAGGAUCAAAGGAUGUGCCUCGCAAGAGAGGUAGACCCCGUAAGCCUAUUGAAGCGCCCUUUUUCACUCGUUCCGUUGUACGUGAAGUGUUUACACAAGUCAGAACAGAUCAGUCAGUGUACGAUAACAACACUAUCAAAUCACCUGCCAUCUAUCCAUUGGAUCGACUCAAUACCCCACCCACAGAUGAAGAAUCGCAGCGACACUAUUCGCCUUCUCAUGACAAGGAUGUAAAGAGAAGAAGAAGUAUCAAAGACGACAUGCUACCUUCCACGCCUCGCUCCAUUAUUGCUUUGGAUGAGUCAGAUGAUGAGUAUGAUGAUGAUGGUGACGAUGGUGGUCAUUCUGCUUGGACAAUGGAGGAUGAUAGAGAGCUAUUGGAGCAUGUGCUUGAAUUACCCACCAAGAAUAUCAAAUGGAAAGCGGUCGAAACUCAAUUUGACGAUAGACAUUUGGCAAAGAUGUGCUGUAAACGAUGGGAUUAUUUAAAGAAGCAAUUAAUUAAAGAUAUUCAUCAUGUAUUAAUUGAGCAACAAGAACAACAAUCAAAACGCGGUGGAGACGGCGAUGGUGAGACUUGA